AUGGAGGCGCUUGGGGCGGCGGCGGCGGGUUUGCUGCGCCUCUCGCUGGCCAGCGCCCUCCUGGCCUUCGGCCUCUACUGCUGCUACAUCAAGUACGUCCACGUGAAAUACGAUGACAUCCCCGGCGCCCCCAGGGCCAGCUUUUUCUUUGGUCACCUGCCAUACCUGUGGAGCAAGCUUAAAAGUAACGAAGUGUUUUAUGAUAUCAUGGCACAGUGGGCUGAAGAAUAUGGACCCAUUGUGCGUAUUAAUAUCUUUCACAGAAUCUCAGUGUUAGUAUUAAGUCCUGAAGGAGUAAAGGAGUUUCUGAUGUUACCGCAAUACCCAAAAGACCGAAAAGCAUAUAGCCAUCUUUAUAAUAUGUUUGGUGUGAGAUUUUUAGGGAAUGGCUUGGUAGCAGAUCCCAACUACAACCACUGGCACAAGCAACGGAGAAUUAUGGAUCCAGCUUUUAGUCGAAUUUACCUGAUUGGCUUGAUGGGAAUCUUCAAUGACAAAGCAGAAGAGCUUAUGAAGGUGCUGGAAGAGAAAGCCAGUGGAAAGACAGAAGUAGAUGUGAUGAACCUGCUGAGACGGGUGACUCUGGAUAUCAUUGGAAAGGUGGCUUUUGGCUUAGAACUGAACACCCUGUACGAUGACCAGACACCUUUCCCACGCGCAGUGACUGUGGUCAUGGAAGGUAUGGCCAAGUCACGCAUCCCUACUUUUGAGUACAUGCCAUGGAACAGAAAAAUGGUGAAAGAGGUUCAGGAAAGCUUGAGGCUGAUACGUCGCACUGGGAAGGAGUGUAUUGAGCGGAGGCGCAAGGCCAUCCAGAAUGGAGAGGAGAUCCCUGUGGACAUUCUCACUCAAAUCUUGAAGAAUGCAGCACAGGAGGGGGACUACGAUGAUGAAAACAUGCUGGACAACUUCACCACCUUCUUCUUUGCAGGUCAUGAAACCACUGCCAAUCAGUUGGCUUUCACCAUCAUGGAGCUGGGACGGCAACCGGAAAUAGUGGCAAAACUUCAGGCUGAAGUGGAUGAGGUAAUUGGCGCAAAGAGAGACAUUAACUAUGAAGAUCUUGGCAACCUCCGCUAUUUAUCCCAGGUUCUCAAAGAAAGCCUACGAUUAUACCCAACGGCCCCAGCCACUGUACGCUGGACGGGAACUGAAAAAGUCAUUGAAGGGGUCAGAAUUCCAGCAAACACCACCCUGAUGUUCAACAUGUAUGUCAUGGGACGCAUGGAGAGGUUUUUCGAUGAUCCACUGAUCUUCAAUCCUGACCGAUUCAGUAAAGAACAGCCCAAGCCCUACUAUUCCUAUUUCCCAUUUUCCUUGGGGCCUCGUUCCUGCAUUGGGCAGAUAUUUGCACAGAUGGAGGCUAAAGUGAUGAUGGCCAAAUUUCUGCAGAGGUUUGAAUUCCAGCUGGUCCCACCGCAGAGCUUUAAGGUUUUGGACAGCGGAACACUGAGGCCGUUAGAUGCUGUCGUAUGCAAACUGAAGCUCCGCAGCCCUCUUGCUUUUGAAGAUCAAGCAAAAUACUGA